GCGCUCGUCCGUUCUAAAGGGGGCGGGGCGGGAGGGAGUGAGGGAGAGAGGCGCGCGCGCAGGCUGCUAGCCGUCAUUCGGUGCUUCGCUGACGGCUGAGGCGGCUUCGUGAGGCGAGCAGGAGACAUUUCGCAUCCUACAUGAACUACGAAAAUCCUCCACCUUAUCCUGGCCCAGCCCCUACCGCCCCGUACCCGCCAUAUACCCAACAGCCAGGUGGACCCCCAGGUCCUGGCCCUUACCCUGGCUACCCACCAGGGCCUGCAGGGCCAUAUCCGGCACCUCAACCAGGCUACCAAGGAUAUCCACAAUAUGGUUGGCAGAAUGCUCCCCCGCCUCCUGGGCCUGUCUAUGCAGAUGGACCUAAAAACACAGUGUAUGUUGUGGAGGAGCGGCGGAGAGACGACACCGGGGAAAGUGCCUGCCUGACAGCGUGCUGGACUGCGCUUUGCUGCUGCUGCCUUUGGGACAUGCUGACCUGAGUGCCCCGAGGAGCCCGGCCUCUCGAUCCCUCUCACGUGGAGUGCUAUGCAUUCUUCCUCUGAUCUUUCCUCUGAUUCAACAGCUUCUUAGUACUGUAAUAAAUGAUCUGCUUUGCACAGGUGACAGCAGCACACGUCCACCGUAGAGGUAACACCGUGACAGUUGGUGGGGUCUGCACUUUUCAGUUUAGCGGAAGAAGCCCUCCCACCUCUCUAGAGUGUAUUUCUGUUGUUCUUUUGAAGAAUGUGCUAAAUGUCUUUUUUUGUUUGUUUUGGUUUUGCAAACAGCUUUUCUUACAAAUUGUGUAUUUAUAAUUAGAGAUGGGAAAAUAUGCAAUAAUUUAAGCCAAUUGUUUUUCUUACUAGCUUCCACUUCUGUUUUCAAUGAACUUAGUCCAAUAAAGUUAUGGACCAAGUAAGAA